UUCUGGUCGGGAGGCGGGGCGGGAAGGCCGGAGAAACUAGUUUGGUGGCGGCGCCUGGCUGUACCGCGGCGGCGGCGCGCUCGGGCUGCGGGGAGCCGGGGGAGGGCAGCGCGGCGGCGGCGCCCGGAGCGGUUGGCUCAGCAUGUCAGUCAGCGUCCACGAGACCCGCAAGUCGCGGGGCAGCACGGGGUCCAUGAACAUCACCCUCUUCCACAAGGCCUCGCACCCCGACUGCGUGCUGGCCCACCUCAACACACUGCGCAAGCACCGCAUGUUCACCGAUGUCACUCUCUGGGCGGGCGACCGCGCCUUCCCCUGCCACCGUGCCGUACUGGCUGCCUCCAGCCGCUACUUCGAGGCCAUGUUCAGCCACGGCCUGCGGGAGAGCCGGGAUGACACGGUCAACUUCCAGGACAACCUGCACCCCGAGGUGCUGGAGCUGCUGCUGGACUUUGCCUACUCGUCCCGCAUCGUCAUCAACGAGGAGAACGCCGAGUCCCUGCUGGAGGCGGGCGACAUGCUGCAAUUCCACGACGUGCGGGACGCUGCUGCGGAGUUCCUGGAGAAGAACCUCUUCCCCUCCAACUGCCUGGGCAUGAUGCUCCUGUCCGACGCCCACCAGUGCCGCCGGCUCUAUGAGUUCUCCUGGCGCAUGUGCCUGGUGCACUUUGAGACGGUGCGACAGAGCGAGGACUUCAACAGCCUGUCCAAGGACACCCUGCUGGACCUCAUCUCGAGUGAUGAGCUGGAGACAGAGGACGAGCGGGUGGUCUUCGAGGCUAUCCUCCAGUGGGUGAAGCAUGACCUUGAGCUGCGCAAGGCCCACCUGCCCGAACUGCUCCGGAGUGUGCGGCUGGCCCUGCUGCCAUCUGACUGCCUGAAGGAGGCCAUCUCCGAUGAGGCCCUGCUCAUGGCGGACGAGCGCACCAAGCUUCUCAUAGACGAGGCGCUCCACUGCAAGAGCAAGAUCCUGCAGAACGACGGGGUGGUCACCAGCCCCUGUGCCCGGCCGCGCAAGGCGGGCCACACGCUGCUCAUCCUGGGGGGCCAGACCUUCAUGUGUGACAAGAUCUACCAGGUGGACCACAAGGCCAAGGAGAUCAUCCCCAAGGCGGACCUGCCCAGCCCCCGGAAGGAGUUCAGCGCCUCGGCGAUUGGCUGCAAGGUCUAUGUGACUGGGGGCAGGGGCUCUGAGAAUGGGGUCUCCAAGGACGUGUGGGUGUACGACACUGUCCAUGAAGAGUGGUCCAAGGCAGCGCCGAUGCUGAUCGCCCGCUUCGGCCACGGCUCGGCUGAGCUGGAGAACUGCCUCUACGUGGUCGGGGGACACACGUCCCUGGCAGGUGUCUUCCCAGCUUCCCCUUCUGUCUCCCUGAAGCAGGUGGAGAAGUACGACCCCGGGGCUAACAAGUGGACGAUGGUGGCCCCGUUGAGAGAUGGCGUCAGCAAUGCUGCGGUGGUGAGUGCCAAGCUGAAGCUCUUUGUUUUUGGGGGGACCAGCAUCCACCGGGACAUGGUGUCCAAAGUCCAGUGCUACGACCCCUCGGAGAACCGGUGGACGAUCAAGGCUGAGUGUCCCCAGCCUUGGCGGUACACAGCCGCCGCCGUGCUGGGCAGCCAGAUCUUCAUCAUGGGAGGUGACACGGAAUUCACGGCUGCCUCGGCCUACCGCUUCGACUGCGAGACCAACCAGUGGACUCGGAUCGGGGACAUGACUGCCAAGCGCAUGUCCUGCCAUGCCCUGGCCUCGGGUAACAAGCUCUAUGUGGUGGGGGGCUACUUCGGGACCCAGAGGUGUAAGACCCUGGACUGCUAUGACCCCACUUCGGACACGUGGAACUGCAUCACCACCGUGCCCUACUCGCUCAUCCCCACGGCCUUUGUCAGCACCUGGAAGCACCUGCCUGCGUGAGGAGCACCUGCAGAGCCCAGCCAGGGCCAGCCCUGGGGUCAGGACACGGUUCGCCCUUGACAGCCAGCAGUCCGAGUCCGGCAGGGCAGACCCCACACCAACCUGCAGGACGGGCAGAGCCCACAGCACACGGACAGUGCAGGUGACUGCUGGCCCCACGUCCAUUCUGCCAAGUGGAGGAGCAUCCCAUUGCACAGACGGGAACCAGGCCUCGGAGAAGCAGCUGCCAGAAAUCCAGGUGGCCCAGACUAGGACCGCCUUGGGGAAGCCCGAGGACAGCGCACCAGCUCCUCCCAGCAGCAACUUGGGAUGCCAGAGGGUGCCACCCCCCAGGCCAGGGUCCCACAGCCCCUCACCCUGGCACGGGUGGCUUUAAGGUUUGGUUUGGAGCAGCAGUGGGGCCUCGUCCUGUGGGGACGCCCCUGUCUGUGCCUGGUGUGCUGGGAGUAGGUGGAGCAGGGCCAGGCCCCAGAGGUUUGCGUUUCCCCCCUUGGAGCAUGUUGGGGUGUUGGGGGGCCUCAUGACCCAGCUUCUCACUUGUGAGAAGCUUGGAGGAAUUUGGGGGAGCUGUCACGGCCCCCAAGAAAACAGUGGCUGCCCUGGCCUGCCCAAGCCACACACCUGGAAGCUUGCUGACCCCCCGGGGACAUCGGCCUUCCAGGAGCCGUGAAGGGGCACUCCGUUCGAAGGAAAGAUGUCCCUCAGGACCCAGUGCUGGCUUGAAUGUCUUUUAUUUAAUGUUACUUAAGUACGUGCGUGCUUUACAACCAGAUGUAAGUAAGCGCUUUAGUUUGCAGCUCUUACACCGCUGUGAAGCUGACACAGAGGUGCAGGGUAACUGUAACCAAAUCUGUAAAACGGAGAGUGCCGUCCCGCGGACGGAUGCUUUGCUGAGGGGUCUUGCCUCCUGGCCCCCUGGGGGAAUGGAUGUGGAGAGCUCGGCUGGCCUGUGCCAGGGCCUGCUGCUCUUUUCCCCCUCGAAGCCACCACGAGACCUCCCUCAGGCAGCUUGGGGGGAGGCAGUCAUGUAUCAUCCUCGUUCUCCUCAGGAAACACAGUGCUCAGAGAGAGUGGACACUCCUUGAGGACCUAGCACUGGAGUGGGAGCUUCAUGACCACAGGACCUGUCCUACCGCGUUCACCACUGCCUCAGUCCCCACGGCUGUGCUUGUUCUGCCUGACAGCAUGGCUGACCCUGCCCUGCCUGCCUGCCUGCUCUCUGACCAUGUCUGCCCUUUGCUGUUUCCACCUCGCUGGCCUUUCCUGUAGAUUUUCAAGCAUGCCAAAUUCCCACCUCAUGGCCUUUGCACAUGCCAUUCCUUCUGCCUGGACUGCUGUCUCCCAUCCAGCUAACUCCUGUCCAUCCUUCGGGUCUCAGGUUGAAUGGUACCUCCUUCCCACACCCUCCACCAGAAAAAAACGAAGUCCUGGUUCUGCUCUUUAAUUUUUAAUUUAUAGCACUUCUCUUGAUACUUGACUACUCUGUGCAGUGAUUUGUACCAGCCUGCAGUGUCUCUGCUGGGGGAUGAUCUGUGGGGACAGUAGCCAUGUCUGGGUGCCCUCCUGCUUCCCCAGCGCCCAGCAUGGGGCCUGCCAGGCUGAGGGCGCUCAGGGAAUGUGGCUGGAGGGAACGAAAGGGUGAAUGCGUAGUUCCCGUGUUCUCGUUGGGGAAACCGUGGCUCAGCGGACUCGUUCAGGGCUGCACUGCUGGACACAGGAGGGCCGCCCUCCCCCGCCCAGCCUUCUGUGGUGGGGGCCCGAGCUCCAGCCCUGACACGCGGCCUCUCGAUGGUCCUGUUGUUCCAGGUUAGGACAGAACAGGUGGGCACUGACUCACAUCCUCUCUCUCCCUCGUGUUCCUCCGCAGACUCUGCGUGUUUCUCCCCACCCCACGGCUGCAGCCCUCACUGUCACAGAGAGGCCCUGACCCUGUCUGUCACUGCGGGGAGCUCAGCCCGGCCCGGGGCCGGCAGCCAGCCCCACCAGCUCCAGGAGCAGCGGCCUUGGGGGCUCUUCUGAGUUUUAGAUGGAGAAGAAGCCGUCCCCAGCACCCCGUGUGCCUGUCCAGGGCCUUUGCUGCUCUGCAGUGUUUGGCGGAGGGAGAGAACCUUCCAGAGCAGCGUGGAGUGACACCAGGACCCUCUGAGCCUCCGGGAGGAGGACACCUUUGCAGAGCUUUGAGGUCACCUGUUGCUGCAGGUGCUGGGGCCGGGGCCAGGCAGGGAAGCGCCCAGCAUGGGGGGGUCGGAGGUGGGCAGCAUUCAUGGCCUAACCUUCCCUGUGGAGGGUUGCGAUGUCACCCCAGAGAGGAUGUCCCAGGUCGCGGGGAAGCAGGGUCCCCCAGGACUGAGAGCAGAAGUUGCUGAGAAUAAAGUCGAGGACACAUCUUGUAAGGGGCGGAAACCUGUCAGGUGCCUUCGGUGACAUCCACAAGGCUUCAUUAGGAAAUGACACCCAGACCCCCAAGGCUAAAGAGGACAUCUCCUGUGGGCCCCUCCCCGGAGUCUGGCCCUCCCCUUGGGGACCUUGCCACGUCCUGGUCAAGCCAGCCCUGUCCCGGGAUGCUGCGCCCAGGUGCAGACACUCUCCUGCCCAGUCACACAGCAGGACUCAGGGCCCAUGGUGACGCAUGCUGCUAGCCAAGGGAUGCCCUUUGGGGCUGCCCUGUCACCUCCCCUCCUCAGAACCCACCCCAAGAGGCAGCAGUGACCCUGUCUCCUGACAGGACCGCAGUGGUCCUGAGAAUGUGGCCCUACCCUCCGAGGCCAGGAGCAGAUGUCAGCUGGGGACCAGAGAGGGGCUCCAGGGCUGUGCUCAGCACAGAGGACGGCAGCAAGGCCACAGCCCCCGGGCCCCUAACCAGCACCCACUGCCCUCUGGCAUCUUGGCCUUCUGACUAGUAACUGGAUCUGGCCUAUUUGCCCUCUGAGCUCAAAAAGGACAAAUGGUCCCAAGAGAACUGCCAAACAUUAUUUCACCUCCUGUGUCCCCGGCAUCAGGGGUUCUGGAGAGGUCAGCUCCUGCCAACAGCCAUCCUGACACCUAGAAUUAGAGUUUGGGGCUCAUCACCCCCUCGCCCCGGGGCACCUUUGGAGGGACUGAGGGUUCUUGGUCCCUUGGUCAAGACCUGUGGCUCCCAGGCCGCCUGCCAUAUGCAGAGUGCUGCUUGGUGCUUCAUGACUGGCCUCCGAAGGGGGCUGUGUGCGCCCUUUAUAAAGAUCUGAGGCCGUGUUACACACCAGCCGCUUUCCACAAGUCAGCCCUGCCCCUUACAGGCCCUCCGCGCCGGCACUGGUCCUGCGGGCAUCCCUUGGGGCCCUUGGCCUGGGUUUGCCCACCCGGGAGCCCCAGCCGGGGCCGUUGGCUGCCACUUGGAAAAAGCCGGAAGCAGAAGGUGGGUGUCCAGCUUCUGCAGGCUCCACCCACGUCAGAGGUUGGCCCCCUUUGCUCUCAGUGCUCCAUCUCAGCCACCCUGAAGCCACGUGGCUCUGGUCCCAGGAGCUGAUGACUCUGCUGGAGAACUCGCAGCCCCGGGGCUCCUCCUGGCCUGGAGGGCCCCCCAGGCCUGUUGGGCUUCUGACUUGAGACAAGCACACUUCUCACACGGCACAAAGGACCUCACAGAGGGGCUGCCCCUGACAGGUGCAUUGCUGUUACCCGUUUCUGACUUAAUAAAAGAGUUGAGAAAA